AUGCGAGAUAUAGAAGGAUACUGGAGAAAGUAAUAUUCUAUAGAAAGUGAAGAGAUAAUACCAUGCUCGAUUUCUCCCAGUAGCUGUAUCGGAGGUUCAGAAUUAGAAAAUAAAUUAUGCUACGAAGGACAUAUUGGGCCUCAGUGCUUGAAUUGUGAUAUUAAAGGAGAAUAUUGGAAUGAUUCUUACUCUAUGCAAAACUACUUUUAAUGUACAAAGUGCAGUUCACAUGAAAAAUCAUAUAUUAGCUUAGUACCUCUCAAAAAUGAAUAUGUUUUACAUUGGAAAAAGCCUCUAUCUAUAAAGUUUGCCUUCUGUUUAUGUGAAGCUGUUGCUAUUUAAUUUUUAAAUUUAUCAGAUUUCAAACGGCAUAACUAGAAUUGA